AUGCGGAGUCGGGAGGAGGUGGACGCCACGCUGCAAGUCGCGAAGCUGGACCCGGCGGAGCUGCUGCCGGCCGCGUUGUGCCUCAGCUUCGCCGCCCAGGAGGACGCGGCCGACUGCUGCCUCCUGCAGCUGGAGCCGGAGCUCUGCGCCGAGUUGGAGGCCGGGCGGAGCCUCGUGAUCCGCGGAGAUAAAGAGGAACAUGCUGUGCUAUGCAGCAAAGAUAAGACGUAUGACAUGAAAAUAGCAGAUACCUCUAAUAUGCUGCUUUUCAUACCUACCUGUGAAACUCCCGAGCAGCUCUGUGCGGACAAGCCUCCAUCUGUCGUUCACACUCAGAUCGCAGGCUUCUCCAACAAUUACUGGGAAGUAAGAAGAUGUCGACCCAAGCUAAAGAAACUCAAGAAACUCUUAAUGGAAAAUCCUUUUGAAGGGCCAGAUGGGGAGAAAGAGAAAAUGCUGACUAACCCAAAGUACACAACAGACGAUUUGCUAGAUCAGAUCCAAGCAAGUGAAGAAGAAAUAAUGCAUCAGCUGGGGGUUCUAAAGGCUUGUCAAGUUGAAGGAUAUUGGAGGAUUCUAGAUUUCGAUUAUGAGAUGAAACUGUUGAAUCAUGUGACCCAGCUGAUCUAUUCGGAGUCAUGGCCAUUCAGCAAGGUCCCUUUAAGUGUCUGUCUUCAAGAACUUGGACCCCUGGAGCCUAAGGAAAUGAUAGAACACAUUCUCAGGAGUUACGGAAGACAAACCAUUGAUGAGGGUGAGACUUUCUUUGAAAUGGAUGAAGAGAAGCUUUGCAGGGCCACAGCGCAAAUGCUCUUGCAAAAUGCAGUCAAGUUCAGCCUCUCGGAGUUCCAAGAAGUAUGGCAGCAAAGUGUCCCCGACGGAAUGACGACUAGGCUAGACCAAUUAAAGGGUUUGGCUCUUGUGGAUCGAUCCUCCAGACCGGAGACCAUCUUCUUGUUAAAUGUUGAAGACUUGUCAGAGGAUAGCCAGGAAAGAUUUAACAGCUUAUUCACUAUUCGGGAGAAGUGGACCGAAGCUGAUAUAGCUCCAUAUAUACAGGACUUGUGUUCAGAGAAGCAAACGAUAGGUGCGUUGCUGACCAAAUAUGCUCGCUCUUCAACACAGAACGGAGUUAAAGUGUAUAAUUCUAGAAGGCCCAUUUCAUGAGAAGCAACAGCGAUUAAGGGCUGAAAGAU